AUGUCAGCCCCACCAGUGGACUACUACGCCUCCCUCGAAGUCGACUCGAAAGCAACCCAACAACAAAUCCGUGACGCGUACAAGAAGCAGGCCCUACGACACCACCCAGAUCGCGUACCAGCCGAGUCUCCCGAACGAGCAAGCCGGACGAAGAAGUUCCAGCAGAUCAACGAUGCUUACUACACCCUGUCUGACCCGGGCAGGCGGCGCGACUACGACUUGACUAGGAAUCAAUUCCAUGGCUUUAGCUCCAGCAGCAGUGGGCAAGGGAAGGGCAAGACGAGCGAUGAAGCAGAUGAGGAAGUCCCGCGCCCUGAUGGUGACACCGGCACGAUGCCAGGAGGUUUCAACUGGCGAUCUUUCUUCGGCGGCAAGGCGAAGACCGAGGAAGAAGCGAACCGCUACUCCAACGAGCAGUUUGGUGGCGUGUUUGAAGAGAUGAUGCGCGAUGAAGGGAUGGCAGAGGACGACAACCAGCCCACCAAGUUAUUCUGGAGUAUUGUUGGUGGAGUGAGUGGCGGUGCAAUGGGUUUCAUUGUCGCUAAUCUUCCGGGCGCGGUCGCUGGAGCCGUUGCUGGGAACAGGCUAGGUGCAAUCCGUGACAAGCGAGGCAAGAGUGUCUACAGUGUGUACCAAGAGCUGGAGCAGCCGGAGAAGAUGAGGCUCUUGAGCGAGCUGGCCAGUAAAGUGUUCGCACACGCCAUCUCGUAG